CGCGAGGCGGCGGCGGCGGCGGCGGCGGCGGCGGCGGCGGCGGCGGCGGCGGCGGGUCUCGGUGAGCGGCGGCGGGAGGAGGAGCGGCGGCGGCGGGAGGAGGAGCAGCGGCGGCGCUCGCUCGCUGUUGACGGGAGCGCUUUUGAGUCUGGGAGCCCAUGCCACUGCGACCGGCUCGGCGGCGCGCAAGGAAGCAGGCGCAGCGGAGGCGGCCUAGCACCGGCUCGGCGCCGGGCGGUUGCGCUGCCCGCGAGCCGCGUCCUGAGCCUCGGCAGCGCGCUGCGCGGCGCGGCGCUCGCGCUGCUUCUGUGCCGAGAGCGGCAUGAU